AUGGUAAAAAUUAUAUUAGUUAUAAACUUGAAUGACUUAUUGAAUUAUUGUGGUUAUCUUAGUUCUGUUUAUAUUCAUAUACAAUUACAUCAUACAAUUGUCUCAUUAGAGAGUGUUCGUUGUGAUGUAAUUUCACCUGUGUAUUUUCAAUUAAUUAAAUCUUUAUCUACUCUUACUUAUUUCUUUCCUUUUUACUUCUUUUUCUUUUCUAUCUUUUUCUUUUUUCUUUUAUUCUUAUGUUCUUUAUUUCUUAUGUCUUUCCUAUUUCUUGUUUCCUUAUUUCUCUCUUUUAUUUAUCUUCUUGCUUUUCUAUAUUUUUCUCCUUCUUUUUUUCCUUAA